CUUGCAGCGCUGGACUCGCAGCCUGACUUGAAUGGUAUCCCUCUCAACUGGCGAAAUGGAACAGGAUAUUAAUGAAAGUGGUGUGGCCAAACCAUCUAAAAGGAAAGAAGUGUCUAGUCCAAUUUAUGUUGGUAGAGAAGAUGAUAUUAAAAAGCUCAAGAGAACAACAGCCACUGUCCAUGAGAGAGAAGUUGUUAUUUUCUACCAUAGUGGACACUUUUAUGCUCUGGAUUGCCGUUGUUACCAUGCAGGAGGUCCCUUACAUCUUGGUGAAAUAGAGGACAUCAAUGGACAACCGUGUAUUAUUUGUCCUUGGCAUAAGUAUAAAAUAACUCUCAAUACAGGUGAAGGAUUGUAUCAGGCAAUAAAUCCCAAAGAGCCAUCUGCCGUACCCAAGUGGAAAUCAAAAGGACCAAAACAAAGGACUCACAGAGUCACUGUGGACAAUGGAAAUGUUUAUGUGACUCUUUCAGAUUUAAUGGAGUAUAAAGAGUCUGACUAUUAUGCUGAAAAAUACAAAACAGGAAAAAAUACUAUCCUUGCAAUGGAAUCCUUGUGUAACCCAGGGAUUGCCUUGUAUGAAAAAUGCAUUUAA